AAAUAUUUCCCCCUAAAUCCUAAACACUGGACAUAUAAUAAAAUAUGCCUAAUUUGUAAAUCAGGACCAAAUAGAUUAAUUAGGUUGCCUGGGAUCACUCCCUCUGAGCACUUUUUAGACUUUAAGUGAGACAUCAGAACCCAAAAUCACAAUCAACAAUUCACACAUUUAAUAAUUCAUCACCAUCAGAACCAGCUAUGUGGGGAUGCAGGUUUUAGUGCAAAAUAAAAGUCAAAAAAUCUGCGGGAGAACACGUCCCUGAAGCAGAUCAAAAACAAAAAGAAAGCGCAGAUGGUCCAUUCAAAAAUGAAGACAAGCUGUUUCAAAGCUGAUGAGUCAAUGUGAAAGCCUGGACGUGUGCAUGACCACGACUUAUUCAAACACAUACACAGACAUGCAGACUGACUCAAAUCACUAUCUAUGGUUUUGUGCCUCAGGAUAUUUUUAUGUGUGUUAUUCUCCACAGCAAAAAGAAGCUGUGCGCUCUCUAUGGGAAGUGGACAGAGUGUCUGUAUGUCGUCGACCCCGCUGCCUUUGAAGCGCACAAGAAAAACGACAAGAAAGCGGCAGGAGAGAGAAAAGGCAGCAAAGCGGGCUGCAGCGAGGAUCAGGAGGAGGUUCCCUCUCCAGCUGCGGACACUGUGGAGAUGAUUCCUGGCAGCCAGCUGCUGUGGAGAAUCGCACCCAGACCAGCCAACUCCGCCGAGGUCUGACUGACACCAAUAGCUGUGAUCGAGGCGCAGUUUUGUUUUUCUAAUGCUCUAACAUUCAACAUUGGUCUUAAAGUCCGGGUAAAGUGAUAAUUAAAAUGUGUUCUGAGUUUGUCACAUCACAGAAAGAUGUGUUAUUAAACACCUGAACAAAUUUGAGUGA